AGACUCUUUUAGAGUAAUCUUCUCCGAGAGAAAAAGAAAAGAAAAACCCUAAUUUUCUAUCUGUCUCGGUGUUCUACACAGCUGUCCAUUUAAUAAUGAGAGGAGAACCUUUUUUUUAGAGUCUAAAGAUCUAAUCUUUUAGGGUUCAAUUAUUGUAAAGAAAAAGAAAAGAAGUUGUUGUUGGUGGUGAUGUUGAUAUGCAGUAGUUAUUAAGAAUUUUCUUGAUGUUUUUAGAGUUCUAGAAGUAGAUUAAUUCCAAAUUAAUCUAUCAAUGCUUUCAAGGAACCAAAUCUAUUCAAUAAUUUUGUCAAUUUCUUCUAAACUUAGAAGUAAGGAAUUAUGUGCAAAAAAAUAGAAGCAUAAGUUAUUAAAAUAGCUUAAUAUGUAGAGUUUUCAAUAGAUUCUGCUAUUAAUUUGAGGAAAGUUUGGAUCUGUUCAGAAAGUUUUUGAGCUCAAUUUCAGAACCAGCUUUCUUAUGUUCAAUAAUUUCAAGUGACUAGGGUUUUGGUAAUUUGGGGCUUCAUUUCUAGGGGAAUCAGUAGAUUCUGAUGUUCAUUUGAUUAAAUUUAGGAUCUUUUUAAGUUUUUUAGCUAGGGUUUUGGAUUUAGAGAUUUGGGGCUUUCUUUUAAAUUUUUGUAAAUAAUUUUUAUGUAAGGUUCAAAAGGGUUUUUUUCUUUGAUGACUUUGAAGAGUAUAAUUAGAGACGUGAAAGGGGAAUUUGGAAGUAUGUCAAGGAGAGGAUUUGAUGUUAAGGGGUUGAAAUCAAAAUCACUACAGGUGGUUCAAGAUGAAACCAUACCAAUUGAUGCAUUUAAACAAAGUUGUUGGGCCAAUAUGCCACCUGAACUAUUGAGAGAUGUGUUAAUGAGAAUUGAAGACUCCGAGUUUAAAUGGCCGCCAAGGAAAUACGUUGUUGCUUGUGCUGGAGUUUGUAGGAAUUGGAGAGAAAUCAUGAAGGAGAUUGUAUCGACACCUGAAUUGUCUGGGAAGUUAACGUUUCCUAUCUCCUUGAAACAGCCUGGUCCAAGGGAAACAAUAAUCCAGUGUUUCAUCAAACGCAACAGGACGGCCCAAACAUAUCAUCUUUACCUUGGAUUGACUCCAGCGCUGACUGAUAACGGCAAGUUCCUUCUUGCUGCUCGUAAGGCUCGUCGCACUACUUGCACAGACUACAUCAUCUCUAUAGAUGCAGAUGACAUGUCUAAGGGGAGCGGUACCUACAUUGGGAAGUUAAGAUCAAACUUUUUGGGGACUAAGUUUACAGUCUAUGAUAGCCAGCCUCCUUAUGCUGUAGCCAUGGUAUCGAAAAGCCGCUCCAAUAGGCUAGUGGGUUCUAAACAAGUUACACCGAGAGUCCCUGUUGGCAACUAUCCAGUAGCACACAUUGCAUACGAGCUGAAUGUUCUGGGAUCCAGGGGUCCACGGAGGAUGCAUUGUGUAAUGGAUGGAAUCCCUGCCACAUCAAUAGAACCAGGUGGAACAGCCCCCACACAGACUGAAUUCCCACUUAGCAACCUUGAGUCCUUCCCAAUGAUACCAUUUUUCCGGUCUAAAUCAUCAGCCCAAAAGGAGAAUUCUGUAUCAGGUCCUCUGGUUGAUCAGAAAGAAGGGCUUUUGGUGUUAAAGAACAAGUCGCCUAGGUGGCAUGAGCAACUUCAAUGCUGGUGUCUGAACUUUCGUGGCCGGGUGACGGUUGCUUCUGUGAAGAAUUUUCAGUUGGUUGCUUCUCCAGAGAAUGGACCAUCUGGACCAGAACAUGAGAAGGUCCUGCUUCAGUUCGGCAAAGUUGGAAAGGACUUGUUCACUAUGGAUUAUCAGUAUCCAGUUUCAGCUUUCCAGGCAUUUGCCAUCUGCCUUAGCAGUUUUGACACCAAGAUUGCCUGUGAAUAACCCGAAAAGUAAAAGGCAAUGUUUUGUACCAUCUUCAAAGGGUGUCAGUGAUUAUUGCUCCCACAGUUGGGGAUUUGCACGGUGAAAGCUGGCAAGGAAAAGGUACAAAAAGCAGUUAAACUCUGUAGGUUUACUCCCCGCGUCAGCUAUCUAUGUAUUACUAUUUAUUCGUGAAUUUGUGUACAUAAACUACUUGAAUUUCGAAGAAAAAGAUGUAACAAGUUAAAUCCUUCAAGAUCAUGCUCUUUCCAAUUGAAUUUUCUCCCGUGUUCA